CUCUGUUCGAGAGGAGAGAGUAGUCAUCCAAAAAUCGAUCUGAAGCGAGCAGUGGUCUGUGAACUCGAGCUGUGAGAGUGCUGAGACUGUUUGGUUGAUAUCUCGAGUUUUACCAAUCCAAUUAAGGCGUGUGAGAUACCAAAAGAAAGCUCUCAAGACGAGGAAUCCGUGAAGGUCUGGUUUGCAUCAAUCGGAGUAGAGGAAGGCUUCCAAAUCGUCCGAGCAGAACGCGACCUCGCAGGAACGGAUUUACUCUUCUAAGAAUCGAGUUAGCCGGAAAGCACCCGUUCUAGGGGCUGUUUUCGUAUCAACGAUUAGGGGUUGAAAUAGCAACUUGAGGAAGCUGUUUAACACCCAUUUUCAAGCAAGGGAUCAGUUCUCAAUCUUCCUUGGCCGAGGCUUUGGUCAUUGGAUCAAGAAGGAAGGUUUUAAAGCUCAUUUGAGGUGAGGAUCGACAUCUAGUUGCUUACAACUUGUAGGUUAAGCAUGAGAUUACCUAAAUGCCUAAAUAAUGUUUUCCAUGGAUUAUGAUGAUAAAUUAUUGAUGGAAUAUUGAUCUAUUUUCCAAAGAAUGAAAUGAGAAAUGAUUUGGUAAAGUAUUGAUAAAAAUGGAGUUAAAUGAACUAUUGUGUGAAAUAGUCACUUUACUCAUGUGUGAAUUGUGUGGAUACAUAAAUGAUUAUUUAUGUAUUACAUUGAAUGAUUAAGUUGCUGCUACAUAUCUCUAAAUAUGUAGGGUUUUACAAAUGGAAUAUAUGAUGGAUAAGAGUAAUCUUAAUAGUAUUGAAAUACUAGUUAAUGAUUGUUGUAAUUGUUAAGGAAUUGAAUCUAUGGAUUUGAUUGAAAUUGAUGAACUUGAUUGUGAUGCAAGUGACUAAAUUGAUGUAAUGCGAUGCUAAGACCAUGGUUGGGCAGUCCGUAAGGAUGUCCCAAAAUAGAUUAUUGAUAUUACAAUUCUAGGCAUAGUGAGUGCUUAGGAAUUGGGGUCUAUGCCAAUGUAAGGAGAUGUACUUGAGCCGUGCUCAUAGAAUUGCAUUGGGUAGACAUGAUGAGGAGAUUGUAGUGCUUAGGAAUUGGGGUCUAUGCCAAUGUAAGGAGAUGUACUUGAGCCGUGCUCAUAGAAUUGCAUUGGGUAGACAUGAUGAGGUGAUUGUAGUGCUUAGGAAUUGGGGUCUAUGCCAAUGUAAGGAGAUGUACUUGAGCCGUGCUCAUAGAAUUGCAUUGGGUAGACAUGAUGAGAUGAUUGUUGUGCAUGGUGAUGUAGUCGAGUUGGACUCGAGAAUGCAAACAUAUGUGUUAGGGUUGAACCCUAUGUAUUGUUGUGACUAGGGGUCACGGGAUUUUGGGGUAUGUUUGAUGAACAAACCUUGGGCCUAUGGGCCGACUACUUGACUUUAUAUAUAAAGUAAGUAUAUUUUUAAAAAGGGGUAACUUGGGGUUACGGCCUACAUUAUACUAUCACCCUAUUUGAGGGUCUUGUGUUUGAAAUACUUGUUGUAUAUCUAUUAGAUGCCAUCCACACCAGCACUUUAUAGCCCUAUAGAGUGCUGACCCCUUCGGGGGCGUCCCACCACCAUUUUUCAGGUUGAGGCUAGAGCUUGCUUCCUGUGCUCGUUGCUCGAGAGAUCAUCUAGGAGGGGAGACUUGGUUCGUGCUUCCUCCAUUCGUUUUUUUUAAACAUUAAUAAACAUGCUCAUGGAUAUUUUACUAUAGAGCCUGCGUGCUCAUGGAUAGCCCGGUGUGGCCUUUUUGUUUUAAACAAUGUUUUCCGCUGCGUUAUGAAUUACUUAUUAUGUUUGUUUAUGGAUGUUAUAUGUGUGAAUGAUAUUCAUGACGCCUUGUAUAAUAUGAAUGUGUUGGGCUGCGGUUGACUAUUCGUAUUGUACGGCGGGUUGUUGACGUGUCCGGGUAGGUCCGGGGCGUGACAAUUAAGUUGGCAUCAGAGCCUUA